AUGACCGUGCAGUCAUCGCGAAACCAAGCCACAGCGGCCGUAAACAGCGUUUUGUCGCAAUUACUGCCCGGAUGCUCGAAGAUCAAAGACGACCGUUCCGGCAAGCAUAUGCGCAGCAGAAAUACCAACAAAGGCUCCAAGGCACAGCUGAUCAGUCGUGAUCUUAAACUGGCCGCCGUAGUACGAGAUCGGGACGCUCAUGGUAUCAAAAAGAAAGUGAACCAGCAACGUAAGAAAGAGAUCAAGGCUAAAUUAGCUCUGCAAGACCAACUGGAUCAACGGGCCAAACUGCAAAUUUUGAAGAAACACCACGAGGAAGGAACACUGACGAACAAGGAACGCAAAUAUCUCAAUAAGGUCAUCGGGAGAAACGUGCGGGACCUGAAAAGCUGGGACAUGGAGGACGAAACAGACCUGCAAGAUUUGCAGGACUCGAUUUUGGAAAGUAGCGGGGUCGCGGAACAAGGGCGUCGCACCAAAAAGGGCAGAAAAGAUUUCAAAGAAGGACCCUCAUCCAAGGCUCAUACUUCUGACCAUAGGUACGCUGGUUUGACACCAGGGUUGGCUCCUGUUGGUCUUAGCGACGAGGAAGAGUCCGAUGCGGAGUAA